AUGUUGUCGCCGGCAACAAGAGUUGAAAGUGGUGAUGAGUUAUUGGAUCCCAAUGUCGUAUUUGAUGUACAAAGUGGUAGCUCAUUCAUCGAUGGAGUUCAAACUGCAAGUUCAGAGGAAAAUAAUCUAGAUGAGUACCAGAGCUGGACUAACUUUUAUGACAGUGGUGAUGAUGGAAAUUGUGUUGUACCUGUUAUGGAAGAAGGUGGACCUUCGUGUGUGGCUGAACCUGAUGAUGGUGAUUGUCGUGUUCCUAUUAUGGAUGAAGGACGACCUUCAAGUCCACCAACACAUGAGGGUAAUUUUCUCGACACGUCUUGGUUAGAGGAAGGCAAAGAAGCUCCGGAAACAGAUGUUGGUGAGGAGAUGUGUGCUGCUGUAUCUGUUGAGGAAGAUUCUCUAUACACUGGGCGUGUUUUCAAAGACAAAGCAGAUAUGCAAAACUGCUUAUCCCUCUAUGCAAUCAAGAGGCUGUUUUAUUUCAGGCAGACAAGGUCUGACCCAGAGAGAUUAAUAUUUGUCUGUGUUGACCCGACAUGUCGGUGGAUAGUGUUUGGCCAUGUUGUAUCGAGGAAUUCAAAGAACUUCGAGGUUCGGACAGCAACUUUAACCCAUACUUGCACGAUCGCAACAAGGGCCAAGUAUUCUAAGCUAGCUUCAGCGAAAGUUAUUGGGUCUGUCUUGGAACGGAAGUAUGCAAAUGGAUUAAGAGGCCCAAGAGCAAUAGACAUACCAGACAUAGUGCUUGAUGAACUUAAAGUUUCAGUGACCUACAUGAAAGCGUGGUAUGCAAGAGAGACAGUAGUAAGGAAAACGAGAGGCAGUGAUGAAGGAAGUUAUGAACUACUAGCUGUGUAUAUGUAUUUAUUGAAGCAAGGCAACCCUGGGCCUAUUUAUAAACUGGAGUAUAAAUUGGGGGAAAAAGAGAAUAAGCAGUUCAAAUACCUAUUCUUUUCUCUAGCUGCCAGCAUUGCAGGUGUAAAACAUAUGAGGAAGGUAGUUCUUGUUGAUGGCACAGCAAUCAAGGCCAAGUUCAAAGGUGUACUUCUAGCUGUGAGCAUGCAGGAUGCUAACUUCCAAGUGUUUCCUAUCGCAUUUGGAAUUGUUGACUCCGAGAAUAUAGCUGCAUGGACGUGGUUUUUCAGGCAUCUUUCUGGUAUACUUCCAGAUACUGAAGAUCUGGUCAUUGUUUCUGAUAGGCAUCGGUCGAUUUAUGCUGCUGUUGAUGAAGUCUAUCCUCAAGCUUUCCAUGGAGCCUGUGCGGUUCACAUUGAGAGGAAUGUUAGACACUUUUCUCGGAAAGGUCUUUCAAACUUAGUUGGUAAAGCUGCAAGGGCGUUUAAUGUCAGUGAUUUUACAAAAUGGUAUACCGAAAUCGGUGUAAGGAGCGCCAGAUGUCAGGCGUACCUGGAUGCAAUUCCUCUUGAGCACUGGACGCAAGCAUAUUGUCAAGCGAAAUGCUACAACAUCAUGAGUAGCAACGUAGCUGAAGCUCUAAAUGCGGCAAUUGCAAAGUUUGUGGAACUUCCGAUUGUUAGUAUGGUGGAGUCUAUUGUUACCAUGGACUGCCAAUGA